UGUUGGUGGUUUUUUAUGACACUGUGUUCUCUGUGUUAUGUUGUUUGUCAUUCUCCAGCGGCGGUGCUGACCUCCUGCGACUUUAACCUGGACAGCGACCCAUUCUGUAACUUCAAACAGGACUACACAGACGAUGGCGACUGGACGAGACACAAAGGGGGCACCCCGACAGAAAACACUGGCCCCCCUGGAGACUACCCUGAUGGAAAGGGAUUCUACAUCUACCACGAGGGUGAUAACGUGGCAAAUGGAAAGAAGGUCCGUCUGCUGAGUCCCGUCAUCUCGUCACCAUCCAAUCAGAUCUGUGUCCAGUUUCAUUACUACAUGUAUGGCUCAGACAGUAGGAACGUUUUCAGGGUGCUGGCGAAGAAUUCCAGCCAAGAGGAAAAAGUCUUUGAGAAAGUCGGAUACCAGAGUCCAUCCUGGCUUCUGGGUUCUGUCACAGUGUCAAAACCAAGCAGCGAAAAUGUUCAAAUCGUCUUCGAGGCUAAAAGAGGCUUGACUGCUUCCUGUGACACAGCUGUGGACAACAUUGUGAUAAACGACGGAGCAUGUCCUUCUUGUGUUUCUGGCUGUGAUUUUGACGAGUAUGACUCCUGUGGGUGGACGACUGAAAACGAUAUCGAGGAAAUGUAUGGAUUUGAUUACUUUACUGGAUCAACGAAUACCGAAGGAAGUGGACCCGAUGACGACUACUCGAAACCUGGCUUGGGCCAAUACAUGUUGAUGGACUCUGCUGAGGCUGUCUCUGGGCGCAAGUCUAAGCUCAUAAGUCCUCUCAUAACCCCAACCUCCGGAUGUCUGGACCUCACCUUCUACUAUACCCUGUUUGGCACCAGCAACAACAUGGAGAUCAGCGUGCACACCAUCAGUGCAGGUGGAACCCUUGGACCUGCUCUCUUCACUGUCAGAGGAAACCAGGGUCAAGGAUGGAGGCCUGCAGAGGUCCGCUACAUAGGAACUGCUGCCAUCAAGUUUGCUAUUGUGGGUACCUUUGGAGAGACUCUACUGACAGAUAUUGCUGUUGAUGCCGUGUGUGUCCUGGCCUGCAAAGCACCACCAACCACUCCUCAACCUCCUGUUACAACUCCUGGUCCAUCAACGCCAAAACCAACAACUCCUGGACCAACUACACCCAAACCAACAACUCCUGGACCAACUACACCCAAACCAACAACUCCUGGACCAACUACACCCAAACCAACAACUCCUGGUCCAUCAACGCCAAAACCAACAACUCCUGGACCUACUACACCCAAACCAACAACUCCUGGUCCAUCAACGCCAAAACCAACAACUCCUGGACCAACUACACCCAAACCAACAACUCCUGGACCUACUACACCCAGACCAACAACUCCUGGACCUACUACACCCAGACCAACAACUCCAAGACCUACAACAACCAAACCACCAAAUCCAUGUCCUCCUAAUGCAGAGUAUAUAGACUGUGGUCCAGCUUGUAUUCCCACCUGUAUGGAACCCUCCACCAACUGCACUGGCUCCUGUAUUAGCGGCUGCUUCUGCAAACCAGGGUUUGUCUUUAAGGGGCGGCACUGUGUGCCAUUGGAACAAUGUGGCUGCCUGGAUGACAACAACAACUAUUAUGAGCCUGGGGAGAUUGUUGUCGGUGACGGCUGCUCAAAGCUGUGUCGCUGUGCAGGGAACUACACUUUGGAAUGUGUUGACAACUCCUGUGCCGCAGAUGAAGAGUGUCGAGAGGUUAAUGGUGUUUCAGGCUGCUAUCCUAAAGGUACAUCGUCAUGCAUAGCGUCCGGUGAUCCCCAUUACACCACCUUUGACAAACGAAAGUACAACUUCAUGGGUAACUGUAGCUAUUUGAUGUCUGCACCGUGCAAUACAACAUCUCUGCAGUACUUUGAGGUCCAUGCCGACAAUGAAAAUCGUCACAACAGUCUAGCCAUCUCCUAUGUGAAAGCCGUACAUGUGUAUGUACGUCAUGUGAAGAUCUCCAUUCUCAAAGGUGGUACUGUCCAGGUGAAUGGGACCAAUGUUAACCUGCCUGUGUCACCGGCCCCUGGUGUCUCUGUGUACAAAUCUGGAAAGCACUACACAGUGUCCACAGACUUUGGUUUAACUGUUCGCUAUGAUGGAAACCACUUCAUGGACAUUAAAGUUAUUAAAGACUAUCAGGACAUACUGUGUGGACUGUGUGGAAACUAUGAUGGAGAUACCAAAGAUGACUUCCGUAAACCAGAUGGAAUAUUGACCAACAGCGCCAAUGAGUUUGGACACAGCUGGAACACUGAUCCAGAGUGUAACAAGAAGCCUAAUACCACCAUCCCUGAAUGCAAUGAAGAAGAACAGGACCUUUACGAGAGCUCUGGAUACUGUGGCAUUUUGCUGGAACAAAAUGGUCCCUUCGCUGUGUGCCACCCCAAAGUCAACCCCAAUAAUUACUUCCAGGACUGUCUCUUUGAUCUGUGCGAGUUGGAUGGAGCCAAGCCCAUUCUGUGUGAAGCCAUUGAAGCAUACGUCAAUGAAUGCCAGGACCGUGGUGUCAAUGUUAGACCCUGGAGGAAUGAAACCUUCUGCCCUCUGAAAUGCCCCCCCAACAGCCACUAUCAGCCCUGUGCAGACCCCUGUCAGAACACCUGUUCUGGGAAACCUCCAUCCUGUGGCGGGCCUUGCUCUGAAGGCUGUGUGUGUGAUCCAGGCUACAUCCUGAGUGCUGGAAAGUGUGUCCAGGAGAGUUCCUGUGGUUGCAAACACACUAACGGACAGUACUACGAGCCAGGAGAGGAGUUUUAUUUGGAGGACUGCCAGAUAAAGUGCAGGUGUAAUGCCCCCUUCAUUUCCUGUUCGGCCCAUGACUGCCCCCCAAUGCAGGAGUGUAAAAACCUGGACGGAGACUUGGGAUGCUAUCCAAUCGCACCACCAACAACUCCUCGUCCAUCAACACCAAAACCAACAACUCCAAGACCUACAACAACUAAACCACCAAAUCCAUGUCCCCCUAAUGCAGAGUAUAUAGACUGUGGUCCAGCUUGUAUUCCUACCUGUAUGGAACCCUCCACCAACUGCACUGGCUCCUGUAUUAGCGGCUGCUUCUGCAAACCAGGGUUUGUCUUUAAGGGGCGGCACUGUGUGCCAUUGGAACAAUGUGGCUGCCUGGAUGACAACAACAACUAUUAUGAGCCUGGGGAGAUUGUUGUCGGUGAUGGCUGCUCAAAGCUGUGUCGCUGUGCAGGGAACUACACUUUGGAAUGUGUUGAUAACUCCUGUGCCGCAGAUGAAGAGUGUCGAGAGGUUAAUGGUGUUUCAGGCUGCUAUCCUAAAGGUACAUCUUCAUGCAUAGCGUCCGGUGAUCCCCAUUACACCACCUUUGACAAACGAAAGUACAACUUCAUGGGUAACUGUGGCUAUUUGAUGUCUGCACCGUGCAAUACAACAUCUCUGCAGUACUUUGAGGUCCAUGCCGACAAUGAAAAUCGUUACAACAGUCCAGCCAUCUCCUAUGUGAAAGCCGUACAUGUGUACGUACGUCAUGUGAAGAUCUCCAUUCUCAAAGGUGGUACUGUCCAGGUGAAUGGGACCAAUGUUAACCUGCCUGUGUCACCGGCCCCUGGUGUCUCUGUGUACAAAUCUGGAAAGCACUACACAGUGUCCACAGACUUUGGUUUAACUGUUCGCUAUGAUGGAAACCACUUCAUGGACAUUAAAGUUAUUAAAGACUAUCAGGACAUACUGUGUGGACUGUGUGGAAACUAUGAUGGAGAUACCAAAGAUGACUUCCGUAAACCAGAUGGAAUAUUGACCAACAGCGCCAAUGAGUUUGGACACAGCUGGAACACUGAUCCAGAGUGUAACAAGAAACCCAACACCACCAUCCCUGGAUGUGAUGAAGAAGAACAGGACCUUUACGAGAGCUCUGGAUACUGUGGCAUGUUGCUGGACAAAAAGGGUCCCUUCGCUGUGUGCCACCCCAAAGUCAACCCCAAUAAUUACUUCAGAGACUGUAUCUUUGAUCUGUGUGAGCUGGAUGGAGCCAAGCGCAUUCUGUGUGAAGCCAUUGAAGCAUACGUCAACGAAUGUCAAGACCGUGGGAUUAACGUUGGACCCUGGAGGAAUGAAACCUUCUGCCCUCUGAAAUGCCCCCCCAACAGCCACUAUGAGCCCUGUGCAGACCCCUGUCAGAACACCUGUUCUGGGAAACCUCCAUCCUGUGGCGGGCCUUGCUCUGAAGGCUGUGUGUGUGAUCCAGGCUACAUCCUGAGUGCUGGAAAGUGUGUCCAGGAGAGUUCCUGUGGUUGCAAACACACUAACGGACAGUACUACGAGCCAGGAGAGGAGUUUUAUUUGGAGAACUGCCAGAUAAAGUGCAGGUGUAAUUCCCCCUUCGUUACCUGUUCCGCCUCUGAAUGCCCCCCAAUGCACGAGUGUAAAAACCAGGACGGAGACUUGGGAUGCUAUCCAACCAGCUCUCAGGACUGCGUGGUGUCUGGAGAUCCUCACUACAACACGUUUGACAAAAAGUUCUACACCUUCAUGGGGACGUGCACCUACACGCUGGCCAGAAGCUGCCGGAACAGCUCGGGUCCCUGGUUCUCUGUGGAGGCGAAGAACGAGGAGCGAGGAAUGUCAGGUGUGUCGUACCUGAAGAAACUCUACGUGACGGUGGGCGGAGUCACGGUGACCCUGAUGAAGAGCCGGAGGAGUCUGGUGAAUGGACUGCGGGUGGCGCUCCCUCACUCCCCCUCCCCCCUCAUGUCCUUGAGUCUGGCCGGGCAGUACGUCACCCUGCAGACCACCUUCGGCCUGACGGUGCGAUGGGACGGGAACCACUACGCUCAGAUCUCAGUGCCCAGCUCCUACUACGACCAGAUGUGCGGCCUCUGCGGCGACUACGACGGGAACCCCAACAACGACUUCACCAAACCAGAUGGCGUCCAGGUCGGGAACGUGAACGACUUCGGGAACAGCUGGCAGACUGCGGAGGAUGAGGACGACUCGUGUACCCCAGGCACCGGCCCUGACCCCGACUGUGACCCCAGCCUGGAGGCAGAGUUCUCCAAACCAGAAAAAUGUGGAAAAAUCAAAGACGUUGACGGCCCGUUCAGGGAGUGCAUCAGCGUGGUGGAUCCCACUCCGUUCUUCCAGAGCUGCGUGUACGACAUGUGUCGCUACGACGGGCUGCAGAGCGUCCUGUGUGACUCUCUGCAGGCGUACACCGACACCUGUCAGAGCGCCGGAGCCAAAGUCCACCAGUGGAGGACGCCAACCUUCUGCCCGCUGACCUGUCCUCCGAACAGCUCGUACUCUGUGUGUGUGAGUUCGUGUCCCGAGACGUGUCUUGGCGUGGUCGGCCCCCCCGGCUGUGAGGACGUGUGUGUGGAGGGCUGCGAGUGUGACCCCGGCUUCAUCCUCAGCAACGACAAGUGUGUGUCUGUGAGGGACUGCGGCUGCGUGGGCGACGGCGGAUCCUAUCACCCCGUGGGCGAUGACUGGUACCUGGAGGGUUGUAAUCAGAAGUGCGAGUGUCACAGCGGAGGUUUGAUUCAGUGUCACAACAGCAGCUGUGCACCGGUCACUGAGAGCUGCGGGCUGCAAGACGGAGACUAUGAAUGUCGUCCUGUGGAAUCUGGUAUCUGCACCGUAUCCGGUGACCCUCACUACACCUCCUUCGACAAGCGAACCCACCACUACAUGGGCGCCUGCUCCUACACCCUCACCAAGCCCUGCAACGAGUCCUCCGACUUGCCGUACUUCACCGUGGACACCCAGAACGAGCACAGAGGAAGCAACAGGAAGGUUUCGUACGUCAGAGCGGUGAUGAUCAACGUGAACGGCGUGCACGUCAUCCUCGGGAAGGGACGCAGGGUGCAGGUGAACGGCACCAUGGUCGUCCCUCCCGUCACCUCCAUCGAUGGAGUUAAGAUCUACCUGAGCGGAAAGUUUGUCGUCCUGGAAACGUCGUUCGGUCUGAGGGUUCGUUUCGAUGGAAACCACCACGCCGACGUCACCGUGCCGAACUCGUACUCCGGCCUGCUGUGCGGCAUGUGUGGAAACUUCAACGAGAACCCGAAAGACGACAACCUGAAGCCAGACAACAAACCUGCUGCAAACACCAACGAGCUGGGAGACAGCUGGCAGAUCCCGGACCCCCGCCCCGACUGCACAAACGGAGGAGGACAGGAGGACUGUGACGACGGCGUGGAGGAAGACGCCAUGAAGCCCACCAGCUGUGGCAUGAUCACCGAUCCCAACGGUAUCUUCAAGCCGUGUCACUCGGUGGUCUCCCCCGACUCCUUCUUUGAAAACUGCGUGUACGACAUGUGUGCGACGGAGGGGCAGACCGUGGCGUUGUGUCAGGCCAUCGAGAGCUACGCCGACAUGUGCGCUGCUGCAGGAGUCCCCAUCAACUGGAGGAACAACACCUUCUGUCCCCUGAAGUGCCCCCCUGGCAGUAGUUACACCCCCUGCGGCCCCGCCUGCUCCCAGCCCAGCUGUCAGAAUCCGGCGGGCUCCGGAGAGUCCUGUAACCAGCCGUGUGUGGAGGGGUGUGUGUGCAACCCGGGUCUGGUCCUCAGCGGGGACAAGUGUGUCCCUCCCAGCGAGUGCGGCUGCACGGACGAGGGCGGGAAGUACCGACCGGUUGGAGACUCGUGGUUCUCGGAGCUCGACUGCUCGGAGCGCUGUAAGUGUAACGGCUUCAGCAACGUGACCUGUCAGCCGUGGGUGUGCAGCCCCGCCCAGGAGUGUAAGGUGGUGGAGGGCGUUCUGGACUGUCACUCUACAGGUAAAGGUGUGUGCAUGGUGGCUGGAGAUCCUCACUACUACACCUUUGACGGAGUGAUGCACACCUUCAUGGGCACCUGCACCUACACUCUGGUGGAGGUGUGCAACACCACCCAGGUAACUGACUUUACCAUCGUGGCCAAAAACGAGGAGCGUGGUCAGCCCCAGGCGUCGUACGUCCGCUCUGCUAAGAUCUACCUGCCGGGUGAGCAGGUGGUGGAGCUGCAGAAGAGCCGCAGAGUUCUGGUGAACGGACGGCGAGUCAGAACGCCGGUCACCAUCGAGAAGGCCGGAGCCAAAGUGAUCACGAGCGGCGCCUACACUCUGCUCGACACCGACUUCGGUCUGCAGGUGAAGUUUGAUGGAGUCCAUCAGCUGGAGAUCACGGUGCCCGGAGAAUACUUCAACAAGCUCUGCGGCAUGUGUGGAAACUACAACCACAACUCCACCGACGACGACCGGAUGCCCAACAAGAAACCAGCCAAGGACGCCAUCCAACUGGGAAACAGCUGGAAGGCGGAGGGAGACAGCGACCCGGGCUGUACGCCCGACACCCGCCCUGACAUCCACCCUAACUGCACCACAGAAGAAGAGACUCAGUUUGAGGCUCAGUGCAGCUCCAUCAUCCUCUCAGACACCUUCAAGCCCUGUCACUCUCUGGUGCCCCCGGAGGCCUUCCUGGGUAACUGCAUCUACGACAUGUGCGAGUACGACGGCAUGCAGGCGACGCUUUGUGACAACGUGGAGUCGUACGCUCAGGCGUGUCAGAGCGCCGGCGUGACGGUCAGCUGGAGGAACAACACCUUCUGUCCUCUGCCCUGCCCCCCCAACAGCCACUACUCAGACUGCACGGCCGCCUGCCCCCCCACCUGCUCCAACCUGUUCCCCAUCUUCUGCCACCUCCCACCGACCACCUGUGUGGAGGGCUGCCAGUGCGACGCCGGGCACGUGCUCAGCGACACCAAUUGCGUCCCUCUGGACCGCUGUGGCUGUCUGGACCAGGACGGAGAGUACCACGACGUGGGAGACUCAUGGCUGACAGAUAAAUGUACAGACAGUUGUACCUGUGAGAAGGGCGGUAAAAUCACCUGUAAAGACCACAGCUGCAACUCCAACUCCCUGUGUGCUCUGGACAACCUGGGAGACCUUUACUGCAAACCCACCAAGUUCAACAGGUGCUCCAUCUCCGGGGAUCCUCACUACAGAACCUUCGACGGCUUCACUCAUCACUACCAGGGUCCCUACACCUACAUCCUGGCUCAGGGUCACAACGUGGAGAACGUCAACCUGCAGCCCCUGCUGGUGAGGGGGAAGAACAUCCGGCGCGGCGGGAACAGGAGGGUGUCCUUCCUCGACCAGAUGUACAUUACCGUGUAUGGCGUGGAAGUUCGAUUCCUGCAGAAGAAGACGGUCCUGGUGAACGGCGAGCGUGUAGCCCCGCCCCUCAGCCCCGUGGACGGUUUGACCAUCACCAUGAACUCCAGGCAGGUUCAGCUCAGCACCGACUUUGGACUCACGGUGCGCUUUGACGGAAACAGCCGAGGAGAGAUCAUCCUGCCGAGCACCUACACCAACCAGGUGAGAGGUCUGUGUGGAAACUACGACGGGCUGACCAGGAAUGAGUACAUGAAGCCGGACGGCGUCGUGGUCAGAAACCUGAACACGUUCGGAGACAGCUGGAGGACCACCGACAGACAGACGGGCGCCAUGAGGAGCUACGACCGUCCCCACCCUCACACCGUCCACAGACGUGAGACAGAGACAGAUCCGGACAACGGCUUUGAGACGUCAGGCUGCUCUCAGUCUCAGCUCGAGGAGCUCAACAGUGCGUCUCAGUGUGGCGCUCUGUCCAACCCCACCGGGGUGUUCUCACUCUGCCACGAGGGGCUGCCGCCAAAACCCUACCAGGAUGACUGUGUGUUCGACCUGUGUGCGGAGCAGGGCAGUGCAGAGCUGCGCUGUGCCAGCUAUGAAGCGUACGCUGCAGCAUGUCAGGAGACCGGAGUGAAACUGGGAGCCUGGAGGAGACAACUGGGCUGUGUCCUCUCCUGCGGUGCAAACAGUUCUUACUCCACCUGCAUGUCCCCUUGCCCCGCCUCCUGCGCCAACCUGGCGGCCCCCUCCGAGUGUGACGUCACUUCCUGUUCCGAAGGCUGCAAGUGUGACGCGGGCUUCGUGAUGAGCGAGGGCCAGUGUGUGCCGUACCCGCGGUGCGGCUGCACCUUCCUCGACAGAUAUUAUCCUCUGAGUGAGAAGUUUGUGACGGAGGAUUGUUCUCAGGCCUGUGAAUGCACCACCACCGGCGCCGUGUGUCAAUCGAAGGGCUGCCAGAAAGGAUACGUGUGCACCGUCUACGAGUUCAAACGAGACUGCUACAAAGAGAGUCCCUGCCUCAGUUCCCCGUGUCAGAACGGAGGAACGUGCAAGGUGAGCACCAACAACACCUACACCUGUCAGUGUGUGGACGGCUUCUCAGGCUCCAACUGUGAGGUGGAGAUCACGCCGCCCCCCGAAGGAGGACUCGAGACAAAGUGGAUCAUCCUGAUCGCCGUGCUCGUCUCCCUCGCCGUCAUCAUCAUCGUCGUGGUCACCGCCGUGUGUGUCUGCAAGAACAAAUCGAGGUCAGUGAAGAAGAUGACUGAUUCCACAAACAUCAGCAUGACAUCUUCAUCAAGCAUUCGUUAUAAUAACAUCGACGAUGAGAGGAAAGAAAAGUUGACCAACAUGUGAAGACAAACGGGCGCUUUGUGAGCUGAGCUGAACUGAACAAACGUGCGUCCUCUAAGGAGACAGGAAAUCGUCGCUAAUGGAAGAAUAUCGUGUUUUGUGAAUGUUGUUGUUUUGCUUUCUUAACUUAUGCUUUGAAAUGUGAUAUUUUGUCCGAUCUGUUUAAUCAGAAGAAACCGUGAGAAUGUUCAUCUGUAUUUUUAAAAUUAAAUGCUUAUUAAGAAAACGUU